CGGCUGGGAGGGCCGCCGCUGCAGUUAGAAAGUCAAUCCCCCCAACACUGGCCCAGCAACAAGGCGGAUGCUAAGCGAUAUCGGUGAGGACGUCAGUCAGUCGGACCCAGGGCCAUCUAAUCAAACAAUUGCCAAUGCACGCCCGGCUGUGAGGGCCGCCGCUGCAGUUAGGACAGUCAGUUCCCCCAACACUUGCCCAGCGACAAGACGGACGCUAAGCAAUAUCGUUCAAUCUGGUAAGGACGUCAGACAGUCGGAUCCAGGGUCAUCUAAUCAAUCAGUUGCCAAUGCUCCAGUUCUGAACACCAUUGCAGCGGAAGUGCAACACCCUGCAGUCGCAGAACAACAAGGAGGCGAAUAUAAAGGAUGAUUGUUUGUCACAUCAAAUUAUGGCCUAAAGGAUCUCAAUCAA